UAUUUUUAUAUAUUAAAUCUAAAAUAAUUAAAAUAUGUAGGUAUAUAAAUGUAUUUUGGACACAUUCGGGUACUCGAAAUACUUUCGUUCGGGUCAGAUUCAGAUCUGGUUCUCUAGAUAGAAACAUUUAAAAGUCGUUCAGAUAUUUUAUCAAUUUUGGUUUGGGCUCGGUACUACUUUUCCGUUUCGAAUUUGGUUCAGUUCUUCGAAUUUAGAUUUUUGCCGAGUCUUAACUCCCCUAUGUUAGAAACCCAUUUUGAAAUCAGAAUGUUCUCUUUGUCAGAUAAAUGGAGAUGGCAAACAGGCUGUCCCGUCCUGUCACGUCCUGGACAACAGCGGUAUUGUCUUCAAGCGGAUCACGGCGGGUCAGGCCCGCCAGAGCUUGAAUCAUCAUCGCCGGAGCUCGAAUCGUAAUCUCCAGAGCCCGAAUCGUCAUCGUCGUUUCAUUUUCUCAGGAAAAGUCACACGAAUCACCUUCUUCUCGCUCUCUUUUUUUCAAGUAAACAAGAAAUUAAGAAGAAAAAAUACGGGUCUUUGUAAUCCCGCAUGGCCUGCUUCAGUCCAUCCCGAAAAAGCCCAGUCCCGCAACAACCCGUCCCGUGAGGCCUAUUAACUUGCGGACCUACAAAAUCCCGGUCCAAUACUGUCCGCCACAGUCCUUUACGGACCAGGUCCAUGAUUGACAUCUCUACAGAUGAGCAAAGAAUAACUUGAGUGUAAAUAUACUCUUAAAAAGAAUAUGAUGCACGUUUGGCAUUCCUUCCAUCCUGAAAAAUGGAAUAGUUUGUUUUCCUUGAUAAGUUAAGAAUAAAUAGUUACCUUACUAGAAUUUAUUCUUUGCGUCUUACAAAUCAUGAUGAUCAAUGUCAACACAAGCAAAAUUCUUUGAGUAUAAUUUUCAUGUAAACAAAGAAUAAUAUAAUAUGGUGAUCAUAUCUUAGUAUUAUAUUUUAAACUACUUGAACGUAUGCAUAUAUAAAGAAAGCUCUCAUCAUUCAUAAAUCAAAUGUAAGAAAACUCUAAAAAUACUAAUUAAUUAAAAAACAUAUAUUUAUAUCAUCUAUGGAAAUACUUAAGAAAGUUUAUGCAUUAUAUCCAACUCGCGGGCUAAAAUGCGAUGGUUGCAAUCUUGGUGAAAACUACUAUGGUGAUGGUUAUCGUUGUUUUCGUUCUGGAAUCUUCUUUCACAAAGAGUGUGCUAAUUCUAGCCUAGAGAUUUGCAACCUCUAUCAUCCACAACAUUCUUUGAAAAUUAAGGUAUGUGCAAAGAACAAUAAUGUGCAAGAAGAAUGCAAAGUUUGUAGAAUUAAUUUGCCAAAAAUGUAUUAUUAUUGUUCUAUAUGUGAUUUUGCCAUCGAUUUGAUAUGUGUAAAAAAAGAAGUUAAGAAAGAGAUUGGAGAUUCAAAGAUCCAUGAGCAUCCAUUAUCCCUUGUUCCUGAGAUGGUUAGCUUUACUUGUCAUCUAUGUCAAGUACUUGAUGACCGGUUUCCUUUUGUAUGUAAUUUAUGUGAUUUGAGUUUUCACCAAUAUUGUGCCGAAUCCAUAUCAGAGAUCAACUAUUCUUGCCAUCCUCAACACCCUCUCAAGCGUUACACGCGUGUUCCAAGUCGCACUGGUGGAAAAUGUUGCUUGUGUGGGAACAAGCUUCAUAACGUCUUUUAUCAUUGUUCAGUUUGCAACUUCAGCGUGGAUAUCAACUGUGUAAAGAAACCACCUCCUUUCAGUCUUCACCACCCUAAAGCUCAUGAGCAUCCAAUCAUUCUUAUGCCGCAAAGAAGUUUUGUUUGUAAUGCUUGUGGGAUGGAUGAUGACCCAAAUCCUUAUGUAUGUCCUCAAUGCAAUUUCAUGAUCCAUAGAAAUUGUGUUGAUAAACCACAAGUCAUAAAGAUCAAUCAUCAUGACCACCGCAUUUAUUACAAUCAUUAUCUUGAUUCUGAUGAUUGGGAAUGUGGAGUGUGUCAAAAAGAGAUGAAAUGGACGUGCGGAGCUUAUUCUUGUCUGAAGUGUCAAGAUUUUGCAGUUCAUCUAAGAUGUGCCACAAAGUUCGGGAUUUGGGAUGGGAUUGAGCUUGAAGGUAUAUCAGAAACUAAUAUCGAGCUCAAGUCAUACGAAGUGGUUGAAGAGGGACUUAUAAAGCAUUCCGGUCACCAAAACCAUGUUUUGAAGCUCAAAGAAGAAAGUGAUGGUGAUGAUGAAGGCAUAGUUUGUGAAGCAUGUGUAUAUCCUGUAUUUUGUGGCCCAUUCUACAGUUGCACAGAGUGUGAUAAUUAUAUUCUUCAUCAGAAAUGUGCCCAUCUCCCAAAAAAAAAAAUAGAUUCCUUCUACAAGAUGGAGAUUACUCUAUUCCCAUGUGACAAAAUGGAAACAAUAUUAGGGCUUUGUGAAGUUUGUCAACACUUCUUUCAGGGUUUUCGGUACACAACUAAGGAUGAUAUAACCCUUGAUAUGCGAUGUGGUUCUAUAUCCGAACCUUUCUUUCAUGAAAGCCAUCCUCAUCAUCCGUUGUACAUCGACUUUUCAGGCAAUAAAACUUGUAAGGCUUGUGGAGAUGAGGCAACUUUCAUUUUGAGCUGCCAGGAGUGCGGAUAUUUUUUGGACAUUAAGUGUCCUUUCUUACCAAAUAAGGUGAAACACAAAUAUGAUAAGAAUCAUUUUCUGUUUCUAUGCUACGGAAAAGACACGAGUGACCAAUACUUAUGUGAAAUUUGUGAGGAAGAACUAAAUUCAGAGAAAUGGUUCUAUAGAUGUGAUGAGUGUUGUAUUACAUUUCAUAUCAAAUGUACACUCGGAGACUUAAUUAGUCUAAAGCAAAUAGUUGAUGCUGAACCAAUCAAAUUGGAGGUGAUACGCAACAUUCAUAUGACCAGGUUAGUUUGUGAUGUAUGUCAUUCUCGCUGCCACUUUCCCUACAUGUUGAAGUGUUCUUCUCCUUUAGGCGUGGACACUCUUUGUUCUUUACAAUGUUUUCGGCAAAAAUACUUCCACAAAAUGACUCCAUUAUAUGAAUUGUCAAUAGAUUAUUAAUUAUUUAAUAUUUUAUAUUAGAUGAGACGAAAAGUAAAUGUAUUCUCAGAAUAUUUUAUCAUAAAAAGUCAUUAUUUCCGGGUAUGUAUUUUGCUACCAAAUAAAAUUUAUCAUCUACACUUUUGUCUAAUACGCUUUUUGAAGAUAUUUUAGAUAAUCUUAAAAAAAAAUUAAACCGAAAGUAUGGUUUUCGUAUUAAUGAAAAUGAUCGAGUUUGGUUGCUCUAAGAUAAACGAAACUAUGUAUUUGGGAUGCGAGGAAUAUGGUCAAACUAAAACAUGAUAUAUGGAAGUUGUUUUGUAGUGUAAACUAAAAUAAUGAAAAUAGGAAAUCCAAUAUAAACAAGUAAAUAAAUGAGUUUGGUGGACGUACAAUACAAUGUGAGAAAAUCCUAAGCUUUUGGAUUUAUCAUAGAGAAACAUGAAUUGCACUGACUCAAAUUGUUAGUUAGGAAAAGUUUUACAUUGUUUAACUCAAACUGGAGUUCGAGUCGCGCUUAACGCGGGUUUGUAUCCCUUUUCGGUUUAUAAUAAGUGUUGGUAGAAAAUAUUGUAUAUAAGUAAUAUACAUUAAUGUUGGUUUUCCUGUUUAAAGAUUUGCCAUAUCAAGUCAAUACAUCUUCCGAGUUUGAGACUAAGACAAAUAUAACAUUUUGGUUCCAAUCCGACAAUAAUCUAUACAACGUUCGGGUUUAAGAUAAAAACAACUAAGAAUUCAUCUCCGGGUUAUAAAAAGAAGAUCCAUAAAACCUCAAAGUUCCCAUUAUUAAAAUGUAUUCAUUCUCCAGAAUCAAAACAUAGAUUUCCUAGAACUUUCAAAUUCUCAAGGAUAAAUCUACAUAUCCUCAAGACUUAGAAUGUAAAUUCUUUAGAACCUCAAUUCACAUGAACUCCGAGUUCUUACACAACAGAUUUUUACACCUCCAGAUAAUACGGCGAAGAUACAGUUUCUGAGCUUUCAACUAUUACAUGAUCAUUUACCAUCUACAAUAAACUUAUCUCGAAUGUUUCUUGGGUCUCAAAAGAAAGUAAAUUCGCUAGACAAGGAUAUUUUCCCAUGAUCUACUUUUACCUAAGAAAGGAGAAGACGUCUAGUCUCCACCCACUAUUACAUGCUGCAAAACUCCUCCUAGUUUGAAAGGGAUACAUGACAAAAAAAUAAGCAAGAAACUGACUAAGAGCAGAAAGACAGAAGGAAAAGGCAAGAAGCAUAACAAAUAGAAGCAUAAAGGGAAAUUACUUAUAAUGACUCCAAUCAUAUCUAAUAUUACUCAACUAACUCUUAAAAUAUUGUAAUUACUAGCAUAACACAUAUACCAAGCAAAAGUACAUAAAACCCAACCUAGUUUUCAGUAAUCACAAGUUUGCCAUUGAAGUAUUAUUAGGGGUAUAAUUUAUUUUUUGCUAAAAUGUAAAUUUCAUAAAAUGAAGGAAAGAUUCUACAAAGAAAUCUUAUGUCUGAGCCAUCUUGGCAAAAAGAAAGAAAAAACAAGAUGGAUCAAAUAAACACACUAACAUGAAAGAGCUAUCUCAACCAAAGAGACAUGAGAUUACUAAACGUUUUACGCUUCCUCUUGUCAGAAAUAAUGUUUCGCACUUCCCUAUCAAGUCCAGCAAAGACUGAUGAAGAAGGAAUGGAUAACUGAUUAUGGACCAGAUUAUUUCUUUGCUUCCAAAUGUGAAAAACGAAGGCUUGUGUAGCCACUUUACGCAGUAGCUUCAACUCCUUUGAUCCUGCCGCUCUAAUCCAAGACAAGAGCUCCGACCAAGUUGUAAACAUGGUCGACGGAGCCGUGCACCUGAUGAACACCUCCCUCCAUACUUGUAGGCUAUACUCACAAGACAGCAGCAGAUGAUCCCUUGUUUCAUUACCCCUUGCGCAAAGGGGGCAAGUAGUAGCAAUCGGCAUUCCCCAAGCAGCAAGUCUCUCUCUCGUUGGCAACCUGUCCCAGGUUGCAGUCCACAUCGUAAAGGCAUGUUUGGGUACUGACCCCUUGAACCAGACAACAUCCACCCAGUCUUUAACUUGAUCUCGAGGCCGCAAGACUUCCCAUGUAGUGGAGGCGAUAAAGCCACACCCCGGAGAGUCACCUGCAACACAUUCAUAAGUAUCAUCAAUAUCAGUAUGUAAGGGAAGAGGGAUAGUGGUUAGGUGAGCGUGUAGCUCGACUUCCUGCGCUGAACGUGGGUGUGGGAGCGACCAUGUGGAGUUGACUAUGGCAUCAGCUACCACUGCAUUACUCCUUAUUCUCAGAGCUCUUGGUCCCAACGGACCAAUAUGGUUAAUCAGAUGACCCAAUGGGGACCAAUUGUCAUACCAGAAACUCGCCAGUUGACCAUUUCCCAAACUCAUUUUGCAAAAUUGAAGAGCUAGUGGUCUAAGCUUGAGAAGUCUUUUCCGGUCCCAUGAGUCAUUUGAAGCAGCUUCGAUGGUUCAGAAACUUUUAUUUGUGAGAUGAAUGUGCCAGUGCCAGUCCGCCCAAAGAGAAGGUGAUUUCGAUAAUAGGAUCCAGAUAAAUUUCAGGCAGAGAACCUGAUUCCACACCAAGAAGCUCCUGAGACCAAGUCCUCCUUCAUUUUUCGGGAAGCACACAGUGGACCAUGAAAUCUUUGCGAUUCCUUUCUUUUCAAGACUCCCAGACCAGAGGAAGCGAGAGCAGAGUGAUUCAAUACUCUUUAUACAACCUUUGGGGAGGAUAAAAGCCGAUGUCCAGAAAUUAACAAUGCCAAAUAUCACCGUUUUGAGUAGUUGAAGGUGACCGGUGAAGGAUAAGAGCUUGGCUGACCAGGAGUGAAAACACGCGGAAAGCCUAUUCGUGAGGGGAGCGUACUCCGAGAUCUUUAAUUUACGACUCAUGAGAGGAAGGCCCAGAUACCUUAUAGGUAGAGUACCCGAGGGAAAACUGUAGCUUGCAAUGGCUAAAGAAUCCGGUUGUUGUAGUCCUGCUGUAAAUAUUUCCGUUUUUGAAGUGUUCAUGUGCAGACCAGACCAAGAGGCGAAGUCAUCAAGGCACUCAGAGAUCCCAUGAAGGCUGUUACUGCUCCCAUCAAAGAACACCAUUACAUCGUCCGCAAACAUGAGAUGAGAUAGCUUUAAUUGCUCAGUUUUCGGAUGAUACCCUAUGUUUCCUGAAUCAUAGCGAGACUGAAGAAGUCUAGAUAGGCAUUCCAUUUCUAGGACAAAGAGAUAGGGCGGUAACGGGUCUCCUUGCCGAAUCCCCUUAGUGAUUUUGAAAAACCCAUCUGAGACACCAUUAACAGUUACUGAGAAGGAAGCAGUAGACAAGCAUUCCGCGAUAAGUCUAAUAAAGCUCUCAGGUAUAGCAAUGGCGCGCAGAGAUGCGAGAAUGAAAUCCCAACGAACCGUAUCAAAGGCUUUCUUAAGAUCAACCUUGAGCAUCCCUCGAGGAGUUAUUGAAUGAGUGUUGUAGCCAUUUACAAGGUCCGUCGCUAGAAGAACAUUUUCAGCCAAGAGACGCCCCAGGAGAAAAGCAGAUUGCGACUUAGAGAUCAUGAGGGGGAGAAUCUCUUUCAGGCGGGAUGCAAGCAGUUCGAUAUAACUUUGUAUACCGUAUUGAGACACGAUAUAGACCUGAAAUCUGUAGUGAGCGAAGCGUUUGUUUUCUUUGGAAUCAGAACAAGAGAAGCAGAGUUCCAUUGCUUGAGUAUACACCCCGAUCGUAAGAAUUCAUGAAUGGCUUCUGUAACUUAUGAACCUAUGAACGUCCAAGCGAAGAUGAAAAAUUCAGUAGAAUAUCCAUCCGGACCACAGGUUUUAUUUUUUUGGCAGAGAGAAGAAAGCGUUUCUGAUUUCCUCUGAGGAGAACUCCUUUUCAAAACCUGCAACCUGGUCGGGUGAGCAUCUAAAAUCAAAUAGCAGGUCCAAAUCACUCUGAGCAAAAAGGGGCUGAGAGACAGGGCUGCCAAGGAGAUCUUUGAAGUAGUCAACACAGAGCUCAUGGAUUCCGGAUUGUGUUUCGACCCGUUCCCCAUUGGCGGUUAUAAGAUAAUGAAUAUGGUUUUUUUGCCUGCCUUGCAGCUGCGUCUCUUUCACAGAGACGGGAAUUUCCAUCGCCAAGAUCUAGCCAUUGUAUCCGAGAUCUCUGAAGAGAACAAAAAACAAAACCCUUUCACGGGUGAAGAGAAGUGCCUCAUGCCGACAAACCUAAAAUUAGGGUCAUCUCUGCAACUUCCAUCUCUGUGACCUCCACCUCCGUUAUCUCCGACUUCAAAUCCGCCUCCUCCACACUAUCUCGCCGUCAUCUCCAUCGCUGAGGAGGAACCCUAAGUCGCCUUCGUUGGAAAUCUCUUCAUCACUUCCGGAGAUUUUAACGAUAAGUCAUGAUUCUUUACUACUCAAAUUUCUUUACUACUCAAAUUUGCUAGGGUUCAUUUACUACAUCUAUUGAUUGAGUGAUUGUUUAAUUUUGAAAAGCCCAAAUUCCAGUCCAUAGCAAAGCUCAGUGUUUGAUCGGCUCCACUGUCAAUUAUCUUUUUUUACAUGAUGAAACUAUAAAUCUCAGUUUAUUGUUUAAAGGAAACCAUAAAGUAAAAUUGAUAGUUCUGUAACAAGAAUCUGCAAUUUUCAGACAUAAUUAGAAAAAUCCUAUGUUCUUUAUAUUUCUUGUUAAUGUCUGUCUAUAUUGGUGUUUUGUUAAAAAAUGAGGAUUUUGUUUUUAUUUCAGGUAUUUGAGAAUUAGUUUGUACUAGACUGAGGACAGAGUUUGUAGAUGAUUUCUGAGUUCUUUGACCAUCAAUGGAGAGAAGGAGAUCACCAAUAAGCAGCAAGAGUUCUGGUACUACAUUUUUCCCUAAAAGCCCGCUUGCCUACGAGAGUUAUAAGUCUAGUUGUAGUAGGAAACUGACAACGAGAAAUGUCAGUGUAAUGAUCAGAUUGUAGAAGAAAAGCAUUCAUGUAAGCAGCAUAAAUGAGAAAAACAGAAGAUGAGAGCUAGUUUAGUUAUUGUAAAUUAUGUUGAAUUCACGAGAAAUGUCCGUAUAUGUUGUAUCAGAUGGCUAUUACGUAAGAAUUUGCGGUUUAGUUAGUUGUAAA